CGCUGGGAAGGCUUUUUAUAGACGAUGGCUGCCGAGUACGCCAAACUUUUCCCUCCCCAACACGAGGACCCCCACAGAUGUUAUAAUGCUAUUCUCUUCUCACUAACUCUCAUCCAAGUCCUCCAUACGCGACCACUCGUCAAUUAAGGUCCUCAUUGUCUAACACACACCAUGCCUUCCUCUUCUACACACUCUAAACCAUCGGACGAGACGGCUUCCACAACCAGCUCAUCGUCGAAACGAAUGUCUUUCAAGCUCAAACGAGCCUCCAAUCUCUUGACAACCGCUGGGAAGCCAAUUUCAGAACUCAGGGAUCUGCUUGUUAACGACGAGAUAGAAGCUGAAGAUAAUGAGUUACCUUCCAAACCGGACUCGCUGUUUAGAAGACAUAGCUCGAACUUGGGGAGGGGUAUGAAGAAUUUCGGAAGAAGGUUCAAGGAAUUCAAGAAUGGUGGCGGUGACUCGACGUCCAGGCCAACUGAGGAAGGUGGAAAAAUUGGGGAGAACAUUGUCAGUAGUGAUGAGCAUGGACAGCAACAACGAGAUGGUACUAACUGGAUACGACAAAAGUCCAUAAACCUUUCACGCUCGUUCUCGCGCUCCUCAACUACUCCAUUGCCCCAUUCCCAAUCAUUCGAAGUCACGAACAGACCACCGAUACGAGGUCGUCACGCUCGUUCUGCUUCUGAAGCUCUGCCCAGCCGACCACCUAUACGCUUGCACAGAACUGUUUCAGGCAACGGUGGUUCCUCAGUUAUUCCCGCGCAGAAUAAUGGUAGUAGCGGCGUCUAUCCGUCCACGAUUUCAGAAAGAAUAUUGCAGAGUCCAACCACUUCAGGGUCUGGCCCGAAGCCAGAAGUGUCAGCCGCAUCAACAGCAGAUGGAGCCCCAGCACCGCCCCCAAUAACUCAUUCAUUGUCGACAGAAUCUGCCUUGGGUUCUCCAUUAAUUUUAGAAGUACCUCCUCUGUUGACAUCCGGAACACCGCUCACUAAAAUCACGGCAAGGAAGAGGCAGCGGGUUGUAGUAAGAGCCGAUUGGGAUCAGGGACGGAUAAUAUGGGAGAGUAAACCCGGUGUUUGGAAGUUUAUCCCAGUUGAAUCGAUACGAGAAAUCCGCACCGGAGCAUCUGCAUCAUUUCACUUGACGCAAUUCAAUAUAUCGCAAACGUACCUUCCCUUAUGGAUCACCAUUGUCUAUACGGCAUCUUCUUCUGCGUCGAUCACCGGUUCACCCAGUGGUGGGAGUGGGACUUUAUCACUCCCACCACCACCGAUGACUACUAGCACCAGCACGAAAGGAUCACCGUUGUUAGGAUCGAUUAGUUUACCCAGUUUGAAUGUGCUUUCUCCGAAAAUUCUCAGUGGGGCAAACGGGUUCUCUUAUUCCGCUUCAACGUACAAAUCUCUCCAUCUCCUUUGUCCGUCUGAAGAGAUCUAUCGUGCUUGGGAGCAGACGCUCAAGGGUAUGGUUGCGGUCCGAGUCAAGCUUACAGAUGGCUUGGGUUUCGGAACAGGAGACCUCAAUUCGGACCGGGAAAUGGAGGGCGUGAGGAGAGAUAUCUGGGAGAGGAGAGAGUUUAAUGGUGCGGACACGACGCCGGACUCUCGUCUAAGUUUAUCCGAGGUCUCGAGGAUGUGUUGGAGACUUAAUGUGAGGAUGGGUGAAGAAGAGUUGAAGCGGUUAUUUGCGUCUGCAGAUACUGGAAAUCGGGGAUACCUCGACUUUGAUAAUUUUAAGCAGUUUGUCAAGAUGCUCAAAGCACGUCCGGAGCUUGAUAGAUUAUACCUGAAGCUGGUUUCGAAGGCGAAGGAGAAGAGGAAGACGAAUAAAGAGAAUAAAGGGGAUGUCGGUUUGUUCACGUUUGAGGUGUUUGUCGAUUUCAUGAGGGAUAAACAAGGGUCUACUCUCCCCGAAUCCCGACUUCGAGUUAUCUUCGACAGAUACUCGGAACCCUUGUCAACUGGGUCCACCCCUCCUCAACCAUCCCCGCGAUCUGCGUCGUUACCAUUACCUCUGACGCCGCCUGCUAUGUUGUUACCAGAGAAGGAGUUAUCACUGCCUCUUCCUACGCCAGGUGGUAGCGGUUUAGAUCGGCAACAGGAAUCGACGUCGGGGUCAAGUUCUUCCCCUCCUCCUUCUGGGUCUAGCCUCAGCCCUGUUGCCACCCAUGCGAAAGAGGAGAAUUCAGAUACGGAAAUCCGCGUUAUGUCUCCCUCUUCGUUCGCUUCGUUUCUCAUGAGUUCGGAUAAUCUUGCGGUAUCGGAGCCUGUUGACGACGAGACCAUGGGUCCCCACCCACACGGCUUUGGAUUAGGACAUGUGUUGAGGCAUUUACAUAUACCUCAUCCGCAUCCAUAUCAUAAGGACAGAGAAGGUUCUUCGUCACCGUUGGAUGCCAGUUCGGAGGAGCGGGAACGGGAACGGCAGCCUCAGCCGUUGUCGGUGGUGUCUCAUGAUAUGACGAGACCGUUUUCUGAGUAUUUUAUUUGUUCGAGUCAUAAUACUUAUCUUAUCGGACAUCAACUGGUGGGAGUUAGUACUGUGGAAGGGUAUGUGAGAGCUUUGAUUGGGGGAUGUCGGAGUGUUGAGAUUGAUAUCUACGAUUCCGAUAAUGGGUUUGGGACUCCUUUGAUUUACCACGGACACACGUUUACUUCCAAGCUGAGUCUACGGGAGGUUUGCGAAGCGAUCAUGACAUACGGCUUUAUGGAAAGCGAUUACCCCAUCAUUAUCUCGGCUGAAGUUCACUUAUCGGUAGCGGGACAAUCUCAGAUGGCGAAAAUCAUGAGAGAGGUGUUUGGGGAGAGGUUGGUUACUCGUGAGAAGGAGUGGGAGAAGUGGAAGGGAAAGGAAUCCAUUGGCACCGAAAUCGAGGGGAUCUUCUCUGUUGACGAAGAGGAAGCUGAGAACGACUGUGUUGAAGAUGCUGAUCUCCGAGCGAUAUCGUCCUGGAAAAUUGAGCAAUUACCGAGUCCGGAGGAUUUGAAGGGGAGGAUAUUAUUGAAGACGAAGAACCUUCUCAUUGCUAAUGGGAGGAAGGACGUUUCUACCACGGAUGCUAAUAGUCCACCGUCGUCUUGGAUGCCUCAUACGAAUGGUCAUGUGGAAACGACGACAUCGUCUACGAGUGAUACGGAUGGCGGAGCUGUGUUCAGCGACCUGGAACAGAAAGCUCGAACGAUACUCGAACGUGUCCGGUCGACAGGGAAAUCAUCCUCACCCUCAUAUGCUUCUGCAUCCGCCAGUGAGAGCUCUGGUUCUCCUAGCGGAGGAAUCCUCUCUCGCAGAAGAUCAUCUGGGGCCAAGCCCGUCUUAUCCUCGUCCAACUCGGAGGUGGCCCCCACUCAAAGUUCACCCCAGAAGCAAAAAGUGAAGAAGAAGGAGAAAGUGAAGAUGUCUCCGGAUCUCGUGCCUCUGCUGGUUUAUACGGUGGGCGUUAAGUGUCGGGGUAUUAAUAAGAAGGAGAUAUAUGCACCGGAGGAGAUGUUUAGUUUAAGUGAGAAAAGGGCAGAGGGGAUGUUGAAGACGGGUUCUGCGCUGGAUGUCAUCAAACAUACCCGCUCGCAUUUGGUCAGGAUAUAUCCCAAGGGGAUGAGAGUGUCUUCCAGUAAUUAUGAACCACAUCGGUUUUGGGUGAUGGGUGCUCAGUUGGUGGCGAUCAACUGGCAGACGUUUGACACCGGAUACACUAUCAACCACGCAAUGUUCCAGCGUAACGGCCGAACGGGAUACGUUCUCAAACCUUUGGCUUUGCGUAUGCCUCAAUCACAAAAGGAGAUUUUGUCCAAGGAAACUCAGCAUUUCUUCGACGUGACGGUGGUCAGUGCUCAGCAUCUUCCGCGGAGGGAGGGUGAGAAGGAGGGGAAGAAGGAUUCAUUGAAGAAGGAAGGGAAAGAUACGGGUGUGGACCCGUAUGUUGAAGUGUCGCUUCAUGUGCCUGAUUGGAACUCUGUGGUUGCUUCUUGCACUGCUGGAACGUCUUUCCCUUCGAAACCCUCUACUCUCAGCCCGCCCAAAUCACCACCCUCGUCUCCUCCAUUAGGCAGAUCGGCAUCUACGUCAGGGAACGGUGGGAGCGGUGGUACUAGUGCAACGACCAUUACUUAUCGUACUAGCGUGGUGAAGAACAAUGGCUUCAAUCCGGUUUGGGAAGAGAAGCUUAGGAUCCCAUUCAACUGUGUCGGGGAACCUCAGAGUGGGAUGAAAGAUCUGAUAUUUGUCAAGUUCGCAAUCAAAACACAGUCUAAAGGAGACAAAGAAGACGAAACUCUUGCCGUGUUCUGUGCGAGUAUGAGUUGUUUAAUGACCGGGUACCGCCAUCUACCCCUCUACGAUGCCCAAUUAUCGCAGUACCUGUAUUCGACGUUGUUCGUCAGGAUCGGGUUCUCGUGAACGGC